CCACUUCACAAUAGCAACGUGUACUCCUUUGUUUUUAGCUGACUCCUCCUACACCGUUUCCUUAUAACUACCAAACACAUUAAACACAGCACAAGACACACACACACACACACUUCUCGUUCUAUCUCUCAAAACACGAUUUACUUUUAGGGUUUCCAAUAUUACUAUACUAACGUUUAGUGAUGGGUUUCUCAAUGUUCUUCUCAUCAGAAAACGACGUCGUCCAUCACUCCUCUCCUAAUGCUUCUGUUGACUGUACUCUCUCACUUGGAACUCCAUCUACUCGUCUCUGCAAUGACGACGACGACCGUAGAUUCUCUUCUCAUACCUCAAACAGAUUAGGCUGGGACUUCUUGCACGGUGCCAAGAAAGGCAGCGGCGGAGAUAACAGCUACCUCCUCCCUCGCCGUUGCGCUAACUGCGAUACCACUUCUACUCCUCUCUGGAGAAACGGUCCAAGAGGUCCCAAGUCAUUAUGUAAUGCGUGUGGCAUCCGAUUCAAGAAGGAAGAGAGACGUGCGUCCACCGUCGGGAUCUCGACUUCUCGCGGAGGAUCAACGGCGGCUGGAGUUUCGACUUCCGAUCAUCAUGGAGGAGCAAAUUAUUAUAACAACAAUCAUUAUGUUUCACCGUCACCUUGGAUUCACCACCAACAGCAUAAAGUCCCGUAUUACUCGCCGGAGAAUAACGAAUAUUCAUUCGUUGACGACGUCAGAGAGGUUAAUCAUGACGCCACAGCCAACCCGUUCUUGUCUUGGAGGCUUAACGUCACCGACCGGACCAGCCUUGUCCACGAUUUUACGAUGUGAUGAAUAUUAUCGUUUCAUAGAUUUUCCUUUAAAAAGGUCGCCUUGGAUAACAUUUAGCAUAAAAGACUAAAGUCUUAGCCUUGUCCAAAUUCUUUAAUUUUACUUUAUUUACAUAUAUAUUUGAAUGUUUUGCUUUCUUUUGGGUCUUUGUGUAAGUUUGUUUAAUUUAAAUUUAUUAUGAAGCUACUUGUGUUUACUUUU